AUGCGACGCGUUGUAGUAACAGGCCUUGGAGCCAUAACACCAUUGGGUGUAGGAAUCCGACCUACAUGGAGUCGUCUUCUCGCAGGAAAUUGUGGUAUAGUUUCGCUACCCACGAAUUAUUUCGAAACCUCACAACGAGAAAGUCUUCCCAGCACAAUAGCUGGUCUUGUGCCAACUGGUAACAAUGCGAAGGAUUCAUGGCGAGCUACAGAUUGGUUAGAGAAAGGAGAAGAUUCACGAAUGGCCAAAUUUACACAAUAUGCAAUAGCAGCUACGGAAAUGGCACUCCAGGAUGCAGGAUGGAAACCACAAAAACAAGAGGAUAAAGAAUCUACUGGUGUUUGCCUUGGCAGUGGUAUUGGGGGAUUGGAUGAGCUUUAUACUGCUAGCAACAAUUAUUCUAGAAUGGGCUACAAAUCGGUAUCCCCAUUCUUCGUACCAAAACUCCUCAUAAAUCUCGCGGCAGGUCAUAUAUCAAUGAAAUAUGGAUUUGAAGGUCCGAAUCAUGCAGUCACAACCGCUUGCACAACUGGCGCACAUGCGAUUGGCGAUGCAUCUCGAUUUAUUGCUUUCGGAGAUGCAGAUGUGAUGGUAGCUGGUGGUUCUGAGUCUUGUAUACAUCCAUUAGCUUUUGCCGGCUUUGCUAAAGCUCGUUCACUUGCUCGCAAAUAUAAUGACAACCCCGAAUCAUCAUCCCGUCCAUUCGAUCGAGAUAGAUGUGGUUUUGUUAUUGCAGAAGGUGCUGGAGUCGUUGUCUUAGAGGAAUUGGAACAUGCUAAGGCUCGCGGAGCUGAAAUAUAUGCCGAAAUACGUGGAUAUGGUUGUAGUGGUGAUGCACAUCAUAUCACUGCUCCGAAGGAAGAUGGAGCUGGCGCAUUCUUGGCGAUGAAAAGAGCUCUUAAGAAUGCUGGAAUUUCACCUCGAGAAGUUGAUUACAUUAAUGCUCAUGCUACAAGUACGCCUUUAGGUGAUGCUGCCGAAAAUGCUGCUAUCACAAGAUUGAUGCUUGGGGAGGAAGGGCUUGAUACCGCAAGUCAGAUUUCAGUCAGUAGUACCAAAGGUGCUAUUGGACAUUUGCUAGGUGCAGCUGGUGCAGUGGAAGCUAUUUUUUCAAUCUUGGCUGUGAAAGAGAACAUACUUCCACCCACACUCAAUCUAUAUAAUCCAGAUGAGAACAUGAAUUGCAAUUAUGUCCCUUUCUCGGCACAAGAAAAAGAAGUCAAGGUUUCAGUAUCUAAUAGCUUUGGCUUUGGUGGUACGAAUGCUUCACUCGCCUUCUCAAAGUACAGCUGAGAUGUCGAACGUAAUCGACUUCAUUCAAGUUCGUUCCAAUUUCGACAAGCAUAAACUUGAGGUGUUCCGACCCAGGUUAUGUCAGGAUCUUUUCUAUAUGGUCCUGAUGGAUCCAGAGUCAAAUCGCCUGCGCAUCGUAUAAUUUCUCGAUUUGGUCAAUGCAAUUAUCCGGGUUUACAUAAAUGGUCAAUAUGAUGCAUCGCUGUUAGACUUGAAAAUACCAACGGACAACCUUGUUGUUUUAGUAAAUUACUAUUCCAGUCGUGAUCGGCAUAAUUGCCCGGCAUAGUAUCAACGUGGACUCUGGUAAUAAAGUAAGGAGGAUCUCAACCAAACAAUGUAAGGAAUGUAUAACUUUAAGUCUAUAAAAUUGUCAGUCAAUAUUGACAUUGGAUGUGUGAAGUUUCAUACUCAAGAUAGUAUUCAUCGUUUAGUUUAAAUGGACUUUUUAAUAGAGUCAGUUCUUCGGUAUCUUGCGUAUCUUUCUUUCUUAUGCUAGCUGUGAUUGUCCACCUGCCUUCUUGAAAUCCACGAGAAUUCGAGAUUUCACGUGCGGACAAUGAGUCCUUAGUUAAAG